GUGCAGAUGAUGUUAUGUUAUCAAGACUUGAAUAUGCAAAUUUCCAAAUAUUUGCUGCAGGCUAUGGUUGUUCUCUGGGUUUUUGGUUCUUUUAAAGUUUUAACAAUUAGAUUUGGAGAUGUGAAACGUUUCUAUAUAUAAUACUCAACUAGCAUUCAGGACAUUUGAAGCUCAUACCAGGACAGACCAAAGUGAAACCCCACUUCCUUUCACCACUAACACAGUGAAUCCAUGAUUGCAGAAAAAUAUUAAGUAUUUAUCGAUUUUUUAUAGAGGGAUUGUGAGGAUACGAAUGAAUGAUGCAAAGGAAUAAGACAGGAAGCUAGAGUACAAAAGAAUGAGAGGAUACAAAUAAAUGAUAGAGACGCAUGAGAUGGGUACAAAAGAAUGGGAAAGGAAGUCGUGAAAAUACAAAGGAAUGAGAACGGAAUAAAUAAGAUUGGGAUAUAAAACUAUAGGGUCUGGUCGGAUCUGUUUGGAUGCGAAUCGAAAAAGGUACUAUAUUAGGACCCUUGGAACCAUAGAGCUAUUGAUCAUGUGCGCCACAACUUAAUAGUCUCUUAGCUGUACCCCAUGGCUGAGUUGAAAUUGGGAAGUUUACUGGGAAAUGGAAGGAAAAAUGGAUAAGAAAAUAUACCAAUAAAUAGAUGAAGAAAUAUCGAAACCAACUGUGCACCAAUGCUGUUACAAUCAUACACGGGCGGUCACUUCGCUUCAGUUGACUUUCCUACGCCAAUGUCACCUACAGAACUUCUACGUUCGUACCUUAAAAUUCUUGAGAGUGGUUUAAAAGUCAAGCCAUAGAUUGGUUAUACUUUGAAAUUCACAGGGCUGUCAUUUUCUCCACAUCAAUUCGAAGGUUUUUAUUUCAAAUUGUCAAUUAAUUAGCUAUAAAGUAUGGGGCUUCAUGCCGUCUCUUACAAAGACCAAAUGGGUGCUUCAAGCUCUGCAAUAUUUUUACUUUUCGUAAGCCUUGUGGUUUUAGUUUCAUGGGCAACUUCAAGUUCAAUCCAUGAAAACUUUCUGCAAUGUCUUUCCCUUAAUUCUAACCACACAACACCCAUCUCAAAUGUCCUGUACACCCCAAAGAAUUUGUCUUAUUCAGCCAUAUUGGAAUCCACCAUAGAGAACCUCAGAUUCUCAUCCUCUGCUACCCCAAAACCCCUGCUUAUACUUACCCCACUGCAUGUCUCCCACAUCCAAGCAGCUGUUAUUUGUUCCAAGAAAUAUGGCAUGAACAUCAGAGUCCGAAGUGGCGGCCAUGACUAUGAGGGUCUCUCUUAUGUAUCUGAAAUUCCUUUCAUCAUUAUUGAUUUGGUGGAACUUCGAUCCAUCAAUAUUAGCAUCGAAGAUGGCACUGCUUGGGUAGAGGCUGGAGCAACUGUCGGUGAAGUUUAUUAUAGAAUUGCCCAAAAAAGUAGAACCCAUGGCUUCCCAGCAGGCAGCUGUCCUACUGUAGGAGUGGGUGGGCACUUCAGCGGUGGGGGUUAUGGGACUUUGAUGAGAAAGUAUGGCCUAUCAGCCGAUAAUAUAAUUGAUGCUUACAUUGUUGUUAGUGAUGGCAGAGUUCUCAACAGAGAAUCAAUGGGAGAAGACUUGUUUUGGGCUAUUAGAGGGGGUGGAGGAGCAAGUUUUGGAAUCAUCUUGUCAUGGAAAAUCAAACUAGUUCCUGUUCCGCCUAUUGUGACCGUCUUCACUGUUGGCAGGACCUUGGAACAAGGUGCACUCAAGGUCUUUCUUAAAUGGCAACAAGUUGGUAGUAGACUCCAGGAAGAUAUCUUCAUCGGAGCCACCUUCGGGGCUGUCAGUGGCAGCCAAGAAGGGGAGAAAACAAUAGAAGUUUCAUUCAAAAGUCUAUUUCUUGGUAAUACUAGUCAACUGCUAUCACUAAUGAAAAAGAGCUUCCCUGAGCUGGGCUUGGAGGCCAAGGACUGUCUUGAAAUGAGUUGGAUAGAGUCCGUGCUUUAUUACACAGAUCUUUCUGGAGAACCUGUAAAUGUUUUGCUCAACAGGAUUCCUCAAUUUAAAAACUACUUCAAGGCAAAAUCAGACUAUGUGCAGGAGCCAAUUUCUGAAAGUGGGUUACAAGGUGUAUGGAAGAUGCUUUACCAGGAAGAGGCAGGGAUAAUGAUCUUAAGUCCUUAUGGUGGAAGGAUGAACGAGAUUUCAGAGACUGAAGUUCCUUUCCCGCAUAGAAAGGGGAACUUGUAUAAAAUUCAAUACUUGGUCAGCUGGGAUGAAGAAGGGGAUAGAGUGUCAAAGAAGCGCAUAAAUUGGAUAAGAAAGCUUUAUGCAUACAUGGCUCCAUAUGUUUCCAAGUUCCCCAGGGCUGCAUAUCUCAAUUAUAGGGAUCUUGACUUGGGAAUGAACAAGCUCAAAGGUAACACAAGCUAUGCACAGGCCAGCAUUUGGGGCAUUAAGUACUUCAGCUGUAAUUUCAAUAGAUUGGUUCAUGUGAAAACCAAAGUGGAUCCAAGUAAUUUCUUCAGGAAUGAACAGAGCAUCCCAUCUCUUUCCCCAUGGUGGAAGAACUGAGAUUUAAGGAAUUGUAAGCAGCUUGCCACUGCCCUAUAUUCCUGGUUGGACUUUUCCUUGUCAAAACAAUACCAAGUGGCUUUAUCAUAACUAAAUAAACAGAUAAAUAUAUGUAAUGAUGGCCUUAUCUUGAUCA